AUGCUCUUGACCAAUAUGUUUUUCUUCUUGCCCUACGUUCUAUUAUUUUUUAUUUUUUUCCACCUUUCUGCCUUGUGGAUAUUUGUGUCUAUGCAUGACCCCACAACAUUCAUGUUGUCGGUACUAUCAAUGUGCAGGGAAGAGGACUUUGGGUGUAGCUGCGAGGUGAUGGAAGGGGGUACAGCGCAGUCUGCCGUGAUGUUUCUGCUGCUUCUGCUGUUGGACGGGCGAAUAUGUUGUGUCUCGCUGGUGGACGGCAAGGUGCGUUGGGAAACGCAACUUCCUGGUGGCCCGCUUUUUCACUGUGGACCGAGGCGUCAGAGUAAAAAAGAAAAACGGAUGUGGGCCCACCUCCCAUUUCGUUCUGCAUGUAGAAGCUGUAGGAGUAUUUCAACACGCACGAUGGGAACGGAAGCCCAACAGGAAAAGGAACUGGAAAACGGUAUCACAGACUGCUCUCUCUUAUUUUUUCCUCAUGAUGGAACAAAGCACGGAGUCCCUUUCAUGAAUUGGCAUCUGCUUGUCGCACCCAACCGCGGUGACAAGAAGGUCACUUGGUGGCCGGUGAAUGACGUGAUUAAGUGCUGGAAUGAGUCUUCAUGCUCGGCUCACAAAGUGCUAGAAUUGCAGCAACAGGUGACGUCACAUACGGAGUUGGAUUUCUCUUCAGGAAAACUGCUGAUAAGCCUCAGUUCUCAAGAGGAUCAUAUCAAUACUGAAGAAGAGACCGUACCAGACGAGGUUUCAUCGGUGCGGAUAAUCCUCGAGCGCACGGAUCAAACACGGAAUGUGAUUUUUCCGCCAUCGCAACCCCCUUCACAUUCUCGUGUUGAGACCUCAUCCAACAGGGAGGGGCAGGAGGAGGUCUCCCAGUCAUGGUACGCCACGCAUUCAACCGUGACGAUCGACUUACUAGAGACCUCCUUGGAUGAUGGUUUAUUCUUCGACUCGGGGUCGCAUGUGGAUCAUCGUUUUUUCCACAUUGUGCAGACUAUAACAGGGAAUGGAUUUACAUCUUGUCUGCAUAUCUCGGAAGGAUCGGAGUCCAUUGGGAGGCUGGAACUGGCUGACGUGAACUGCCCCUUGGUUGCCGCACAAAUAGUCUGUCGAAAAGCAGACGCCAUGGCAUCCAAUGAAGGCAAAACGUCGCGGCUAACCUGUCAAGGUAUUCCUGUGGUCACUUCCUGGAGUAAGGUGGAAAGAAUUUAUGUUUUUAACUGGAACUUGCAGGAAUGCGGUGGAAAUGUGCAGGAACUCUCUGGUUUUUUGUAUGGCAAUAGGCGGGUUCUAUUCGUCGAGUCUGUUACACCGAAGAUUGAAUUCUUGCCAGUUCCUUGUGACUCAGAGACUCCUGAAAAAAGAGGAGUGGAUUUUCUGCCCUCGUGCACUCUGGUGGGUAAUGGAUAUGGGAAUGGAAGUUACAUUGAGGAUGACGAUGACUCAAGUGAAACGGAGUCCUCCGUGUCAAGUGGUGCUGCAGAAAACGCAAUGGUGCUUCACAAAAGGGUCACAUCACUUCGUAAUGGCGAAGAAAAAGGGGCACUUGUUUCCGGUGACACGGAAAUUUCUUUUUUUGAUGAGAACUUUGAGAUUGUGGCGCUUUUGGGUCGUGGGGCAUCCGGCGCCGCACUCCUCACACGGAAUCGCCUCACAGGCUUAUUUUACGCCGUCAAGGUAAUGCUGAUGCGGGAUUACUUUAGCAAAGAUAACGCACUUCGUGAAGUGCGACUACACGCGCUACUACACCACAGAUACCUUGUGCGCUACUAUGCAUGCUGGUCAGAGGCGCUCACACCGUGCAGAAUACAGCAGUUGGCCACUAUUGGUCUCUGCAAACCAAUGGGACUUCAAGAAAAGGCCGUCAUCAAUGGCCCAGGUUGCAUUGAUUGUGUGGACCAACAACACGGUGUGCUGUUGCAGUUGAAAGACAGUACAACCUGCUUGCUGGCUUCAGAACAACAAGGCAUGAAUCGCAAUCUUCUUAUGGCACCACCAGAUACGAAAGCUGGAAAUAGCACUGGGACUUAUCUUGCUGGAGUUGAUAGUCCUGAAAGCAGUCUCGAUGGAUCCCCUCAGAGGCGUGAGGAAUGGGAUGAUGGGGAGGAAAGCGACUCCUCUUCUUCCGUUUCCUCUAACGCAUCAGGGAAUCCUCCGAUGGACCAAGUCGUAUUUCUCCAAUUGGAGUACUGUCAGACAACAUUGGCACAUCGUUUAGGCUCCCGAAUCUGCAUUGAUCGUGUGGAGAACAUUAUUAUCGCGCUGCAGAUCUUUUCAGCGUUGCACUAUAUCCAUAGUCGUGACUGUCUGCACCGAGAUGUAAAGCCCACAAAUGUUUUUUUGGAUUACCAUUGCCAGACGAUAGGCAUGGAUGACACAAGCGAUGAUGUUGACGAAGACGACGAAGACGACGACAUCAAUAAUAAUAAUAACAAUGAUGAUGAUGAUGCUAGUGCUGGCGAUCAGAAGGAGGAGGGAGGAAAAGAUGAUGCUGCUGAAAACACAACGAACCCCAACGGUGGCGUGCACGACUUUCAUGUUGACAGCGAUGAGAAUGCACGCAGCAGAAUGGAGUUGGUGCAGCCGGAUCUCGCUCCCGCAAUUCCCACGCAAUUUUUAUCUGCCUUUGAGUUACUGCGGUUGAAGGCUUCUGUGGGUUUACUUGCACUUUAUUUGAAGCGAUUCAAAAGCGCUCAGGAUGGAUCAGAGAAACGGAAGGUGGCACGUCUUGUCCGAAGAUGGCUUAUUUCUCGUCUUGUGCAGGUUCGUCUUGGAGAUCUUGGAUUGGCAAAGCCCCUGAGCGACCAGCGCGUUGAGGUGGCUCGUUACUUUGAUCGCAGCGCGAUUAACACCCUCGGUGUGGGCUCUCCUCUCUAUUCCAGCCCGGAGCAGUUAGAGGGAGCUCUCUGCACGCCGGCCUCGGAUGCAUUUUCCGCUGGUGUUUUGCUGGCAGAGAUGUACAUUGAGCCCAAGACCGUGUCGGAGCGACUAUUUGAACUUCAACGUGUGCGUGAUGGUGUUUUUCCGUAUCCUGCCCUGCUGCGGGAGUAUCCGGAACUGCAAGUGGUGCAGGGGCUAACGAGGAGUGACCCAAAGUCGCGCAUGACACUUCGGGACGCAGGCCGGGUCUUAGUGAAGACGUUAGAUAAAAUACUCAUUUUAUUUCUUUCGAGCUGA